AUGGGAAAAUGCAAGGAAAAAGGACUAGAAGUAAUGCACGGAGAGGCAGUGAGGGAAUUAUUCAUUUGUUACACAUGUAACUAUGAGACUAACUGUAGAGCGGAAUUGAUAAGGCACUUGGGUGAAGAAAAAUAUGGGUCUAAUAAGAGUGCUGAUGUGCUUAAUAUUUGUGUACAUUGCAAAGCCUCUUUCGUAAAAUCAGAAUCUCUAGAUGAUCAUAUAAUAAGAAAACACCCAGAUUUUGUAACGUCGGUUUCGCGUAAGAUAUAUGAAUGCCCAAAUUGCACUUUUAAGAGUGUCUCUAAGUACAAAAUACCUAGUCAUAUGAGAAGAGUACAUUCUGAUACAAACAGCUCGUUCUACGUGUGCACACAUUGUAAAUCUACUUUUAAAAAAGCGGAAUCGCUGGACGAUCAUAUAGUUAAAAUACAUCCAACUUUCAUAUCGUCGGUUAAAAGAAAAAUUUAUGAAUGUACCAGAUGUCCAUUAAAAACGGUAUGGAAAGGAAAGCUGGAAAAACAUAUGAUGAAGACACACCUGAAUUUACUAGUCGGUAAUUUGAUCAAUCCGUGCUCGUCUUGCGACAAAGUUUUCAAAAAUAAACAGUCGCUGGACGAGCAUAUAUUAAAGAAGCAUCCGGAUCGUUUUUGGUCUAUAACAAGAAAAAUAUUCGAAUGUCCAAUUUGUCAAUUUCAAACAAUCGCUAGAGAUAAACUGCAAAGACAUCGGAUGGUUCAUCACCCCAAUACAGCAUCUAACUUAUUCAUAUCGUGCAUGCAUUGCGACAGCGUGUUCAAAACUAAGGAUAUGCUAGAUGAUCAUAUAGUGAGAAAGCAUCCAGAUUUCAUAGCAUCAGUUUCACGCAAAAUACAUCAAUGUCCAAAAUGCCCGUUCAAGACCGUCAUAAAGUAUAAAAUAGAUGGACAUACGAGAUCAUAUCAUCCUGAUUCAAACUCACUUCUGCACACAUGCGCUCAUUGUAAAUCUACUUUUAAAAAGCGAGAAUCGUUGGACGAUCAUAUCGUCAGAGUACAUCCCACGUUCGUAUCGUCUGUUAAAAGGAAAAUACACGAAUGUACCAAAUGUGAAUAUAAAACGAUAAGUAAACGUACGUUGGAAAGGCAUAUGAUGGGUACACACCCUAAAGCAGCAUCCAGCUUGUUCGUCUCGUGUGUACAUUGCGAUAAACUUUUCAAAAGGAAAGUAGCUCUGGAUGAGCAUCUACUACAGAAGCAUCCAGACUGUUCCGAUUCUGUUGCAAGAAAAAUAUUCGAAUGUCCGAAUUGUCCGUUUAAAACAGUAGUCAAAAGCAUGCUCGGAAGGCAUACGAUGAAGUGCACACCCAAAAGCAGCAGCAGGAUGAAGCAGUCAAAACAAACAAACGCUAGUUACAAGCAAAGUACGCACAGGAAACCAAAUUUUUACUUGUACAUUAUCUAA